CUUCCAAUCAUAAUAAAACCACGAACUCAGUUAAAUUUAGCACGAAAUCUCGCACAAAAUAACAUAAAACAUCUAUAAAUCUCUAACACAAUGUCUCAUCUAAACGUCGUGCAUAAUUCCUAGUGUUCUUUAGUGAUUUACGCGUUGAAAUUGUGUGAAAUGUCCGUUCACACGCCCGAAGACCAACCCUCAACACACUCGACGCUCAAGUGGACACCAAAACCCUAGAUAAAUUGUUUCUGCGUGUACAAAUGUACGCAACGCGGCCGCGUCGGUGAAAAUGUGGCGAUUUCUGUGCGCGUUGCUGGUCUCCCUGCACUUUGCAGCAAUCAUCAGUGACCAAUGUCCUAGUAAAUGUGUUUGUAAAAGAAGCACUGCUCAGAGGGAUGGAGGUGACUGGGUUAAAGUACGCUGUGGUGAUGUGGACAAACUCACAGUCAUCGACGAUAAUGAAUUCUUGAAUAUUGCCAAUGAAAUAGUACAAUUAAACUUAUCAAAUAAUUCGUUGACUAUUUUUGCUCCGAAAGUACAAUUUGUUGCUCUACAAAAGCUUGAUUUAAGCAAGAACCAACUAGUCCAAUUAACAAACAAUCAAUUUAGUGAAUUACCCAACCUGCGACGACUGGAUUUAUCCGGAAACAGUAUUAAAAUCAUUGAUCAGCUGUCAUUUAACAAUCUUCAAGUACUCGAGUCACUCAAACUCAGCCAGAAUCAAAUUGUGACUAUCGAGAAAGGAACCUUCACUCAAUUUCAAAACUUAAAAGACCUUGAUAUAUCCGGCAAUCCAUUAAAAUGCGACUGCAGUCUACUCUGGCUCCUCGACUGGACGAAAAAAAUGACAGUCAAGCUCAAAUCCAACCCGAAGUGCGCAACCCCACCCGCUUACUUCGGCCGCGCACUGCGCAAAAUCAAAGUCGGCGAAGACAUCCACUGCAAAUCCCCAGCAAAAAACCGCGACAUACCCAUCGUCGACCUAACCCCCGACCAUUCCCAAGUAGUAUUCGAAGGAGAUUCACUACGUCUCAACUGUCGUGCACCAUCCAUGCCCGAGGAAUACUACAAAAACGAAGAAAACGAAGAAUCUCACGAUCGCGUCGAAUGGCUAUGGCUGGAGAAGAACGCCCGCCAUUACUUCAACGACGUCACAAUUGACAAUCGCUUCCUUGCCGACGACGGACUCAUUGACAGCUUAUUGACAAUCAGAAGACUCAAUCGCAACCACUCUGGUGUAUGGAACUGUCAUUUAAUCACCCGAAACGGCAAUUACACCAAAGGUAUCACAGUUAUGGUCAUCUCCGACGAGACAGUAUAUUGUCCAAUCAUAUUGACAAGCAACAAUAAAGGUACGUACACAUGGCCGCGCACAGUCGUCAAUCACACAGUCACACUGAACUGUGAAAGCCUGCAACAAACUUCAGAUGUCUACGAACAGAAAGCAAGUUACAGUUGUUCACCCACCGGGUGGGUUAACCUCAACACGUCAAAAUGUCCGUACACUUCGGAAACGACGAAGAUACUCGAACAAUUCGCCAAGGUCAAUCUCACACUCGCGAAGGGUUCCAUUUUGGAAAGCGCAAAACAUUUACGCAAUACUUCCGACAUAAAAUUAAUGCGUGAUGUGAUGGAUCUUGUUUUUGCCACGCGCACAAUAUAUAACUACUUGGAUCAUCUGCAGGUAGAUGGCGAGCUAGGUCCAUUACUCCUUGACAUAAUCAAUGGUUUCAUGGAAUUAGAUGAGAGUUUUAUUCGUGAAGCGCAACGCGAGGAUAAUUCCUGCGGGAAAUUAAUACGUGCAGUUGAAAAAAUCACGAAUUACACUCUUCCGCAGCAAUUGCAGAAGAGUCAUAUUAUUUUGGGGCAGUUUCCUGUACGUCGAGAGACUUUUACUGGUUUGACAUGCACGUGGUACCUCAAUGGCGUCGGUGGGCGGAGCGAUAAGAUUUUUCAUUGUGUCACGCAGACGCAUAACAAGAGCAACGCGAUGAUUGCGCAGAAUAAAGUGAUUGAAGCAUCGAUUGAAGUCCCGUCGAAUAUUUUUUAUCAACUACAAGAGGUUGAUAUCAUGUUGAGCGCUGGUAAUGUACGUGUUGGGAUGUAUGAUGACGCAAGGUUCUUUCCAUUGGCUGGCGGGGAUAGAGAGCGGAUAAUAUCAGCUGUUGUCGGUGUCAAAUUAGAUAAUUUACUGGUGAAUCUUACACAUCCGAUUUAUAUUAUGUUGAAACCACUGGAGAGUUAUUCCUAUGAUUUGACACCACCGACGCCGGUUUGGUGGAAUCCCAGUCUGAAUCUUGGCCGAGGUGCAUGGACGUCACAAGGCUGUCAAAUCCGACAUGAACUUGAAGAUAACCUUGUAUUCACGUGUGAUCACCUCGGAUACUAUGCGUUGUUGCAAGACACAUCGCAUGUGCACAUAGUGCCACCUGGCGCAAAGUUUCGCUUCUCGCAUCCUGCCAUCUACGUCGGUUCACUGGUACUAUUCAUCUGUUUGUUUUUGUGCAUUGUAAGUUAUGCGUUCUCCUAUUCGGCGAUACAAAUGCCGAAAAAGGCGAAGCACAGCGUGAUCAACCUCUGGUUGUCCAUAACCUUACUUUGUUUUAUUUAUGUGUUUGGUAUUUAUCAAACCGAAGAUGUGAGGUUAUGUCAAAUCAUUGGUUUGAUUCUGCAUUAUUUAAGUCUGUCAUCGUUGCUGUGGAUGUGCGUCGCUGUCAAUUCAAUGUAUAAGAGACUCAAAAGAUCAGAUGAUGUGAUUGAGCUGCAGGAUGAUGAACUGCCAUCUGAUGAGCCUGUCCAGAAGCCGAUUUUGGGGUUAUAUUUAGUCGGUUGGGGAAUUGCGUUGAUUGUCUGCGGGAUUUCGGGUGCGGUUAAUAUGAAAGAGUAUUCGGCGCGUACGCAUUGCUUUCUAUCGACAGGGCCAGCGCUGAGCGCCCUCUAUGCGCCAUUCGCGUUACUAUUAAUGCUUUUGUUUGUGUAUUUUCUUUUGAUACGCUGCGCUAUUUACGGAACAGACGCGAACGGCCAUCUUAGUGAAGGCACACAAGCAACCGAAAAUGUUGAUUUAGAUCUACUGGAACCGAACUUCCCUGAUUGUAGGAGUAUGAGAUCGGUUAGUACAAAAACAGCGAGUUCUGAAGUUGAAGAUUCCGAGCAUGCGCCGAUGGCACAACUGAAAGCGCAUGUAAUAUUCUUGAUUUUGUAUGUUAUGGCGUGGUGCGCAUGCGCGUUAGCCACCAUGAACACAUUUAAGAUGAUACCGUAUGAAGAGGAUGUUUUUAGUAUUGUCUACGCCAUUUUGGCGAGUUUACUGGGAUUAUUCGCGUUCUUUUUUUAUUGCGUCGCGAGGAAUGACGUGCGGAAUGAGUGGAUAUUGACAAGCAGAUUGAUGCGCGGCCGGAAAUGUUUCCGCACACGCAAUAUUUCCGACCUCCCACAGAUACAGAUACAACCACUACCGCCUAUACCGGAAGUGGCGAUCCAACAUGGCGGACUACAAUCAAUACACCCUAUACAUGGCAUACACUCGCGCAGCAGUUCAAGGUCAUCACACACUAAAUCCGGUGGGAGUAAUGCGUUGAAAAUGGCGGCUGCGGUUGAUUUGAACGCGUCCGCCAUGACAGACCACUCGGCGACUAAAAUCAACAAUGUGAAUUUGGUUGUUUUACACCGCCAGCAGUAUCGCAACAAUGGCGCGCUUAUACCUAACCUCAUUGAGAAUCCCACACACUCUGCGGAGAUGUUUUAUAACCCACAUCAGAGCACCGUAGCGCGAAAAUUCUUCAAGAAACAAAAACGUCACAUGAUGAAGAGGAAUAAUUUGACACAACGUCGACCACCGCUCGGAUUACACAGUGACGCGUCAGUAAUUUCAACUUAUACUAAAAACCCGGAGUGUAACAUGGACGUCGCGAUGUUUGCGAACAACUCCAAGGUCAACAACACGAACAUCCACGUUGAGCAUGUACCGAAACGACAUCAUAACCUCAAUAUUCUAUCGGAUAGCUGUGAAGAUUUGAAUUCCGUUGAGAUUCCUGUGGAGAAAUUACUGGAACAGCGAAGGAAUAAAGGUAAACGCGUGAAAAAGAAGCAGAACGCCGCGGCGGCCAUUACGAAUCUGUCAAAUAACAAACAGAAACAGGUUUCGUUGGUGUCCAAGCCGAAAGAUGUCAGUGAAUCGCGUGCGCAUGAUAAUAUGCGUUCAGUGUCACAACAAUGUACGUUAGAGUACUCAUCCGAAGCCAUUUCCGACUCCAUCUUGGAUCAGAAGUCACCUGAAAGGCCAUCAUUCACAACAGAGACUACUACAAGUAUUUCCUUCUGUACGAAGGAAAACUCACCGAAUAUGAGUACGUUGACUGAGGAAUUACCUCCGCAGAUGCAAUUAGGGUUUUAUUCGAUUCCCAAGGAUGAUUUUUCAUCAUCAGCGCGGAUUUAUGUCAAUCCGACGUUUGCGCGUGCGCAAAGCAGUGCGAGUCGUGCUAGUAGUGUAUCAGCUACGGAGAUUGAAGAGUUAUAUCAACAGAUAAAGCGUGGGCCUGCCCCUAAGAGUGGUGGGAGUAGGAAUUAUCGAAAGGGAGGGAUAGUCCAUGCUUGUCUGAUUCAGAGGUUAGGUCAUACAGUAAAAGUGAAAAAGAUGAGACGACUGUAUAGAAUUUAAUCUGAAACUUUACGCAAUUUAGUUUUAAGCUUAAUUUAUGAUAUUUAUGAACAAACGUGGAUUUUUAUUUUUAUUUUCGACGAUUUGCAUUCGCAAGCUAUUUUUGUAUGUUUUAUACUUUUAUCAGACGAAAAGUGGAGGGAGUUUGUGUGCGCUGAGGGCCUUAACAUGUUGCUUAACUGGCUGCAUAUCUAAUGAUGAUUCUAACCUAUAUGAAAUUUAAAAUGAAGAUGAUGUGUGUUGAGGUGCAACACUCAGUAUAAAGCUAUCUGUGUCUAUUACGGCUUGAAGUUUGCGAAAAUAAUGAAAUUCUAUAUGUGCAGCAAGCUGAAGUGACAAAUUUUAUGCAACAAAUGAAUCUCAAUGUAAGAAUGCAGCGGAAAGAGAGAUCUACUACUAUAUCACAAGACUGUUAUACUUUUAAUUGAUGCGUUUUGUAAUUAAUUAAUUAAGCCAACGCUGUACGUACAGACAUAAGACUUGCAUGAGUUAGGUUAUGAUAACCGAUGUAUUGCCAUCAUUGCCGCGUGAAAUUGACGUUUUGGAUAUGUUAUGAUGAAUAUAUGCGUAUUUAUAUUGCAAAUUAUAUAUAUACAAAAGAAAA